AUGGCGACGAAGGAAUUGUGGGCCGGGAUUGGAUCAGCCCUGGCGUUUUUAUUUACCCUCAUCACCAUGGCAAUGAACCAAUCCCGGAUCAAAGUGUUGAUCAACAAGAUCAGCGCAUACCUCAACCCAUACAAACAAAUCACCAUCCCAGAGUACGGCGCCGAGCGUUUCCAACGCAGCGACUUGUUCGUCGUGGUCGAGGCCUACCUCUCGGACUUGUGCCGUGAACUUGGGGCGCGCAAGCUCAAGGCCGAGCUGGAGAGCCACAUGCAAAAGCCCCAGGUGUCGGUUGACGACAACCAGGAGAUCAUUGAAACCUUCCGUGGUGCCAGGCUCUGGUGGUACGCCGACACAGAGUCCCCGAAGUCCAACAUCAUCUGCUCGCGGCCUGGUGACGAGAAGCGCCGCUUCUACCGGGUUGCCUUCCAUAAAAGGUUCCACGACCUCAUCCUGGACAGCUACCUGCCCCAUCUCAUCGACCAGGACGUGACGCCAUCGCCCGGAACCGCCAGCGCCGCCUCUUCACCAACAACCCAAGCAGCAGCUGGAGCUCCUACGGCGGCGGACACAAGACGAUCUGGAGCCACGCACCGGGAAGUCCAUGAUGAUCGCCGCCAUGGCCAACCACCUGAACUACGAUAUCUACGACUUGGAGCUCACGGCGGUGAAGAACAACACGGAGCUGCGGAAGCUCCUCAUCGAGACCAAGGAAAAUCCAUCAUCGUCAUCGAGGACAUUGACUGCUCGGUCGACCUCAUCAACAAGCGCAGGGACAUGAAGGCCGACAAGAAGUCCGACGACCAGAGCGACGUGAAGACCAUGCUACAGAAGAAGGAGGAUGAGAAGGACGACGAAGACAGCAAGCUGACCCUUUCUGGGGUGCUCAACUUCAUCGACGGGCUAUGGUCGGCGUGCUGCCAAGAAGAGCGCAUCUUCGUCUUCACCACCAACUACAAGGACAAGCUGGACCCAGCGCUGAUCCGGCGAGGCAGGAUGGACAUGCACAUCGAGAUGUCCUACUGUCGCUACGAGGCGUUCAAGGUGCUGGCCCAUAACUACCUGGACAUCGACGAGCGCCAGUUUUUCGAGCUCUUCGGUGAGAUACACCGGCUGCUGGAACAGGUUGACAUGUCUCCUGCGGACGUUGCCGAGCACCUGAUAAGGACGGAGAAGAAGGAUGCCGGCGCAUGCUUGGAGAGUCUCGUCAGAGAUCUGAAAAGUUAA